AUGGACUCGAGCGUCGUCAAGAUCAAACACCCCAAAUUUGGAGACCUCUACAUGAUUUCCACCACCGAUUUCUUCUACCCGCUAGUCCAAGAUCCCUACGUCCAAGGCCGCAUUGCCUGCGCCAAUGUGCUCUCGGACCUGUACGCGAUGGGCGUCACCGAAGUCGACACGAUGCUCAUGAUUCUCGGCGUCUCGCGCACGAUGACGGACCUCGAGCGCGACGUUGUGACGACGCAGCUCAUCCACGGCUUCAACGACCUUGCGCGCGAAGCUGGCACCAACGUCACGGGCGGCCAAACGGUCAUGAACCCGUGGCCGAUCGUCGGCGGCGUUGCCAUGAGCGUUCGCGCCGAGUCGGAGAUCAUUCGACCGGAAAAUGCCACCACCGGACAAGUCCUCGUGCUCACCAAGCCGCUGGGCACGCAGCUCGCCGUCAACGCAUAUCAGAUGAAGGACCAGCCCGCGCGCUGGUCCAAGGUUGAGAGUUUCUUGACACGGGACAUGGCCGACCGCGCGUUCAGCGUGGCGUCUGAGUCGAUGAGCCGGCUGAACGUGAACGGCGCCAAGCUCAUGCACAAGCACGGCGUGACCUCGGCGACGGACGUCACGGGCUUUGGCAUCCUCGGGCACGCGCAGAACAUGGCGACGUCGCAAAAGGCCGACGUGGACUUCGAGCUGCACACGCUACCGGUCAUCAAGGACAUGCUCGCGGUGAACGAAGCGUUCAAGUGCCAAUGGCGGCUCCAGCUCGGCUUUUCGUCCGAGACGUCGGGCGGUCUCCUCGUCUCGAUCGAUGCCGACCGCGCGCAGGCGUUUAUCGACGACUUGGCUGCCCUCGACAUGCAGCCGGCGUGGGUCGUCGGCCGUGUCGUUCCCGGCACCAAGCAAGCUCGGUUGACGCCGGAUGUGACCUUUGUCGAGAUUUAG